GCCACCAUGAACACUGCCGUGACUGCUGCCGUGGCCAUCGUCGCCAUAGGCAUGACCGACGCCGCUACGGGCAUGACCGACGCCGAUACGGGCAUGACCGACGCCGCUACAGGAAUGACUGCCGCCGCUACAGGAAUGACAGCAGCCGCUACAGGAAUGACUGCCGCCGCUACAGGAAUGACUGCCGCCGCUACAGGAAUGACCGCUAGAGCAGCCAACUCGUCUCUUUGUCUCAAAGUUUGCGCCAUGAUAUACUUGGGGCACAUGUUUAUUGACUACACCACGACCCCCUACACGGUCGACGGGCCCAUGAUAGAGGUGCUGGAUAUAAUAACAACCAAACUCAACACGUGCUACGAGUUUGUGUUCUCAGACUUACCAAGUCCGGGAUAUAAACUGGCUAAUGGCACGUGGCUGGGCGCGAUGGGUUUAGUUUCCUGUCACGAAUGUGAGAUGGUCGGCGCUCCAUUUCCCAUGAAUCAUCUGCGAUUUGAAGUCGUCGACUUCAGUAUACCAAUGUAUAUAGAGUCUUAUGUGAUUGCAUUUGAAAGUCCAGUGCUUGAGGCGGACCUCGCUGGCUUUGCGAAGCCAUUUACAGGUUUUAUAUGGCUCCUCAUCCUUGCAUCAAUCGUUGCGGUCGUGGUUGGGAUUUUCUUCAUUGAGUCGGGAGAGAGCUUCCUCCUCCGUCAACAACAAAGAUAUUUAAGUCAUGUGGGGUGUGGGUCCUCUCACCGUGGCCACUGGACCUCCUGCCUCUGGACGUUGGGCGCUGCUGUUUCUCAAGCGUCAACUUGGUCGCCACAGAGGGACUCUGUCCGACUUCUUUCUGGCCUGUGGCUGUUGACAUCAGUCAUCUUGAGCCUAGUUUACCGCUGUAACCUGAAGGCGAUGCUCAUCAUGCCCAAGAUUCAAGUCCCCUUCAACAGCCUCGAGGAGUUGAUGGAGACGGACAUACCAGUUUAUAUACCUGAAGGGACGCUGGCUCAUGAAUUUGUAAUAGUCGCUCCACCCGGCACCUUGCUCCACCGAGUCAACGAGCGGCUCAUAGUCCACUAUGAUCCACCUCGCGCAAUACAAGAUACCAUUGAUGGGAAGUAUGCUGCCAUCACCACUAAUUUUGUAAUGGCUCAAAUAUUUCACGAUAUAUUCUCACUGACAAAUUCCUGCCCCAUGUAUAUUGCGUCUGAGCCUGUCUUCACCGGGGUCUCUUCUGGCUUCGCAUACCCCAAGGGCUCGCCUCUCAAACACGCGGUAGACCCCAUUCUAAGAAGACUUGUGGAAUUUGGCAUCCUCCAACAUGUAUUUCUCUCUGCAAUACGGAACGGAACAAUUUGUUUGAAGCCUGAGUCGUUCACCAGAACCAACAACAGCCUCCGGCCACUGGAACUGGAGGACUUCUAUGGUGUAUUCGCUGUUUAUGCCGGAGGAAUGGUGUUGGCGUCUGUGGUGCUGCUGGUGGAAGUGGCUCUCAAGGGUCACCAGAGAAUCAAAGGUCGGCCUGAACUGAAAGAUCGACCUUGACUCAAAGGUCACCCUGGACUCGGAGGUCAUUCUAAACUCAGAAGUCACCCAAAUACAGCAGUGACCGUCACCACAGAUGAUGUUGGCGUCUGUGAUGUUGCUACUGACAGUAUCAAAGGUCGUCUACACUUGAUCACUGAUCAUCACCUUAUUUUGACACUCGACAUGAAAUAAAACUAUACUUUACUUGAGAAAACUCCUAUACAGUACAUAAUAAUCUUAGAGCAAGUCA